GCUUGCUCGAUGCUCACUUCACAGGGUUUUACUUCUUAUUUAUUGUAAUUUARCUGAUUAAUUACGUACAGACAUGRGAAAGGAAUUAGUUCAUGGUCACGCUUUACCUCGAUAAAGAAUUGGUCUCGUUUUCUUUUUGUUUAUUAAUUGCCUAAACAUGGGGGAAUUUCAGUUCAAAAGCACAGGACUUCAAGACUUGCAAGACGCUUGGAGUUCGUACAAAUACCUCAAACAGCGUGAACACGGUGCUGUUUUUCAGUAUGAUUCAGUGGUAGCUAAUUAUUACAAAUACAUGGCGUUGAAGCCAGUAAAAGGAGUAGAUGGCAAUCACGGUGCUGUGUUCAACACUGAGUUCUCUCCCGAUGGGAAAGUAGUUGUGGCCGCAUGUGAACGAUCAACUUUCAAAAUUUACGACCCGCUUAGUCAAAGAUUAAUUUAUACAAAUGACAGAGCUCAUGAUGAUGGCAUCAACUGUGUGAGAUUUUUAGAUCCAAAGCUGUUUUUAACGUGUUCUGAUGAUAAAACUUUAGCACUUUGGGACUUAAGGAAUUUGAAAUCUAAAGUUUAUAGUCUUGUUGGUCAUACAAAUUGGGUCAAAAGUAUUGAAUAUUGUAGAAAUACGAAACUUCUUGUAACCUCAGCAUUUGAUGAUACAAUUCGUGUCUGGGAUUUAAAUAAACCKGCUCGAUCAGGGUUUGUGGAAGGAAAAGUUGUGCUAAAAAUUCCUCGUCUUACAAGAAUGAAAUUGACACCUUGUAGUACSAAAAUGAUCAUUUCAUCAAUUGCUGGACAUUUGGUUAUUAUACAUAACCUUGACCUGGAACAACUCAGCACCAAACCAGGUGAUUACUGGCUGCCUUUUUGGACCAUGUCUGGYUCAUAUCAYAACGCAGCACGCAAAGCAACAAAUAAUGUCCCUUGGUCAGACAGGAACAAGUUUGAGAUUAUUGAAGAGUUCCCUGAAGGUGUGACACCAUGGUGUAUAUCGUCCCUUGAAGUACAUCCUCAUGGUUGGUGUGUUGUGAUUCGAUACUCUAGUGGAGAAUGGCACCAGGAAUGGACAGCUGUAUAUGAUGUACAAUCACCAAGUAUUGAUGAGUCUGAAGCUAGCAAGCCCACCAAGCCACAAAGGCUWAUCUACUGUAUAGURGAACCCAACGUAGCACGAGGCUAUAUUAAAGAACCAUGYUUYAGCAAUGAUGGCCGUGUGAUUGGAUCUCCUUUUGGUAACACAUCCCGUCUCCUCACAUUCAGCAAAAGCUGUGAUGAGUUGUGUAAGUGUGUUAGGAGUAGACCAUGUCAAUUGACUGACUUUAAAACAUUAGUAGGACACAAACAGCCUGUUUUGACGUGUCGUUUCUCACCUACCCACCCUAUACUGUCCAGCGGUUGUCGUGGUGGUAAAGUGGCCUUCUUUUACCCCCAACUAUAGUCAUUUAUGUAGAUACGAUACAAAAAAAUAAUCUACAAUACGGUGGAAACUCGUUAUUCCGAACAUUUGAGAUACAUCGAAAAUUGCCCGUAUUUUAAACGGGUUGGCCGUAUUAACCGGGCUGAAAAGGUAUGACAGUGUAGGGAUCUAAAAUUCUGGUCGUUAUAGUGGAGUGGUCGUUUCAAGAGCUAACGAGGUUCAACUAUAUCAAUUGUCAUUACCAAGUGUAAGGCUUGUCUCAGGCUGGCGAUGUGACUGACACUGAUAUCUUGCUUACCGUGUAACUUUAUUUCGGUAUGCAAUAAAACAAAGUGUACUAAAUAAAACACUAGAACUAUAGUGUA